AUUAAAUUUUCAAUCAUGAGAAUUUUUUUAAUUUGAAAAUUUCGGUUAAAUUUAAUCCGUUAGUAAUUGAUUUGAUAAAAGUAAUAAAAGUCUAAUUUCGAUUAAACUUUUUUAACGAUUAAUUAACUUUUAAAUCAAAUUUCGGUUUUAUUUUUAUCAAAUAGACUUUUUCCCAGGAAAGCUUAUUUUGAAUUUUGAAUUUAUAAAGCUCCAUCAAUCGAAUUUUUUCGCAAAAAUAAUUUUAUUUUUUCGAUAAACAAUUCUUGUAAUUUUUAUAAAAUUUUUAUAAAAUCUGCAAUACAUUUUUAUAUUGAUCGUCAAACAUAACUUUUAUAUAAAUCGAACAAUAUUUUUCGUCAUUUUGAAAGAAAGUUCUACUUUAUUUACUAAUUUUACUAUUCUUCUGUUUAUUAAAAUCUCUAUAAAGAAUGAAACGAUCUGGACAAAAAAGUGUCAAAAAAAGUCGUCAAGAGUCUCACAAACAAACUUUUUCACAGGAAUUUGAAUCUGCAGCUUCCGGUUCUGGUUCUACCAAAACUCAAAAACAAAUAUCGAAACAGGAAUCCACAGCUUCCAGUUCUGGUUCUACCAAAACUCAAAAACAAACGUUGAUACCAGAAGCUUCAGAAGAUAAUGGGCCAUUUCGCUUAGUGGUAUUAUCCAGCUUGUACUCGCAACAAAGCAAGAUGGUACCACCAAUUCGUAAUGUAACCAUACAUAGGGAAUUAAUGCCCAUUACACGCACAGCCAAACCGUAUAGGAGCAAUGUACUUAGGGAAUUAACGCUUAUUACACGCACCACCGAACCAUAUAGGAGCAAUAUACAUAGAGAAUUAAUGCCAAUUACACGCAUCAUUGAACCGUAUAGGAGCAAUGUACGCAUCGCCAAACCGUAUAGGAGCAAUGUACGCACCACUGAACCAUAUAGGAGAGAAUUAACGCCAAUUAUACGUGAACCUUAUAGUAGUAAUUGGACUAGAGAUGUAAAUGAAUUAAAAUAUGAUGAAAAGUUUACCAGUGAGUCGAAUGAUGAAAUUCUUCAACAGGUUAUAUCUCGACUAAUUGAAGCAAUGAAGCCAAGAGUGCGCUUGUUAUAUAAACAACGCAGCACUUUAGACAAAGAUAAUCACCGUCUACAUCGAAACAAUCGGUUAAAUGAGGAAUCUGCAGCUUCCGGUUCCAGUUUUACUAAAACUCAAAAACAAACGUUGAUACCAGAAGCUUCGGAAGAUAAUGGGCCAUUUCGCUUAGUGGUACCAUCCAGCUUGUACUCGCAACAAAGCAGGAUGGUACCACCAAUUCGUAAUGUAACUGUACAUAGGGAAUUAACGCCCAUUACACGUAUAGCCGAACCAUAUAGGAGCAAUGUACAUAGGGAAUUAACGCUCAUUACACGCACUACCGAACCGUAUAGGAGCAAUGUACGCAUCGCCGGACCUUAUAGGAGCAAUGUACGCACCGCCAGACCUUAUAGGAGCAAUGUACGCACCGCCGAACCAUAUAGGAGAGAAUUAACGCCGUUCUGGUCGACUUUAACGUUUUUUUAG